AGGCUGGUGGGCCAGGCUGUGGUGCCCACCUGGUGAUGCGGGGCGAGGUCCUUCACUCAGGCCACUGAGAGCCCAGGACGUACCCCUGAACGCCGCCAUGGCCCGCCUGGCUGCUGUGCUCUGGAGUCUCUGUGUCACCGCCGUCCUGGUCACCUCGGCCACCCAAGGCCUGAGCCGGGCCGGGCUCCCGUUCGGGCUGAUGCGCCGGGAGCUGGCGUGCGAAGGCUACCCCAUCGAGCUGCGGUGCCCGGGCAGCGACGUCAUCAUGGUGGAGAACGCCAACUACGGGCGCACCGACGACAAGAUCUGCGAUGCCGACCCCUUCCAGAUGGAGAACGUGCAGUGCUACCUGCCGGACGCCUUCAAGAUCAUGUCGCAGAGGUGCAACAACCGCACCCAGUGUGUGGUGGUCGCUGGUUCCGACGCCUUUCCUGACCCCUGUCCUGGGACCUACAAGUACCUGGAGGUGCAGUACGACUGUGUGCCCUACAAAGUGGAGCAGAAAGUCUUCGUGUGCCCAGGGACGCUGCAGAAGGUGCUGGAGCCCACCUCUACACACGAGUCGGAGCACCAAUCAGGCGCAUGGUGCAAGGACCCUCUGCAGGCUGGUGACCGCAUCUAUGUCAUGCCCUGGAUUCCCUACCGCACGGACACACUGACCGAGUACGCCUCGUGGGAGGACUAUGUGGCCGCGCGCCACACUACCACCUACCGGCUGCCCAACCGAGUGGAUGGCACGGGCUUCGUGGUCUACGACGGCGCCGUCUUCUACAACAAGGAGCGCACGCGCAACAUCGUCAAGUACGACCUGCGGACGCGCAUCAAGAGCGGGGAGACGGUCAUCAACACUGCCAACUACCACGACACCUCGCCCUACCGCUGGGGCGGCAAGACGGACAUCGACCUGGCUGUGGACGAGAACGGGCUGUGGGUCAUCUACGCCACCGAGGGCAACAACGGGCGGAUGGUGGUGAGCCAGCUCAACCCCUACACGCUGCGCUUCGAGGGCACGUGGGAGACGGGCUAUGACAAGCGCUCGGCGUCCAACGCCUUCAUGGUGUGCGGUGUGCUCUACGUGCUGCGCUCCGUGUAUGUGGACGACGACAGCGAGGCGGCCGGCAACCGCGUGGACUACGCCUUCAACACCAACGCCAACCGCGAGGAGCCCGUCAGCCUCGCCUUCCCCAACCCCUACCAGUUCGUCUCCUCUGUUGACUACAACCCUCGGGACAACCAGCUCUACGUCUGGAACAACUAUUUUGUGGUGCGCUACAGCCUGGAGUUUGGGCCACCGGACCCCAGUGCUGGCCCAGCCACUUCCCCGCCCCUCAGCACCACCACCGCAGCUCGGCCCACGCCCCUCACCAGCACGGCCUCACCCGCAGCCACCACCCCGCUCCGCCGGGCUCCCCUCACCACACACCCGGUGGGCGCCAUUAACCAGCUGGGACCAGACCUGCCUCCAGCCACAGCCCCCGCCCCCAGUACCCGGCGACCCCCGGCACCCAAUCUGCACGUGUCCCCUGAGCUCUUCUGCGAACCCCGAGAGGUACGGCGGGUCCAGUGGCCGGCUACCCAGCAGGGCAUGCUGGUGGAGAGGCCUUGCCCCAAGGGGACUCGAGGAAUUGCCUCCUUCCAGUGUCUGCCAGCCCUGGGGCUCUGGAACCCCCGGGGCCCUGACCUCAGCAACUGCACCUCCCCCUGGGUCAACCAGGUGGCCCAGAAGAUUAAGAGCGGAGAAAAUGCAGCCAACAUAGCCAGCGAGCUGGCCCGCCACACCCGGGGCUCCAUCUAUGCCGGGGACGUCUCCUCCUCUGUGAAGCUGAUGGAGCAGCUGCUCGACAUCCUGGAUGCCCAGCUGCAGGCCCUGCGGCCCAUCGAGCGGGAGUCAGCGGGCAAGAACUAUAACAAGAUGCACAAGAGAGAAAGAACCUGCAAGGACUACAUCAAGGCUGUGGUGGAGACGGUGGACAACUUGCUCCGGCCAGAGGCACUCGAGUCCUGGAAGGAUAUGAACGCCACGGAGCAGGUCCACACGGCCACCAUGCUCCUGGACGUCCUGGAGGAGGGCGCCUUCCUGCUCGCGGACAACGUCAGGGAGCCUGCCCGCUUCCUGGCUGCCAAGCAGAAUGUGGUCCUGGAGGUCACUGUCCUGAACACAGAAGGCCAAGUACAGGAGCUGGUGUUCCCCCAGGAGUACCCCAGCGAGAACUCCAUCCAGCUGUCAGCCAACACCAUCAAGCAGAACAGCCGCAAUGGGGUGGUCAAAGUUGUCUUCAUCCUCUACAACAACCUGGGCCUCUUCCUGUCCACGGAGAAUGCCACGGUGAAGCUGGCGGGCGAAGCCGGCACAGGUGGCCCUGGGGGCGCCUCCCUGGUGGUGAACUCCCAGGUCAUCGCGGCCUCCAUCAACAAGGAAUCCAGCCGCGUCUUCCUCAUGGACCCUGUCAUCUUCACCGUUGCCCACCUGGAGGCCAAGAACCACUUCAACGCUAACUGCUCCUUCUGGAACUACUCGGAGCGGUCCAUGCUGGGCUACUGGUCGACCCAGGGCUGCCGCCUGGUGGAGUCCAACAAGACCCACACCACGUGUGCCUGCAGCCACCUCACCAACUUCGCUGUGCUCAUGGCCCACCGAGAGAUCUACCAGGGCCGCAUCAACGAGCUGCUGCUGUCGGUCAUCACUUGGGUGGGCAUCGUGAUCUCCCUGGUCUGCCUGGCCAUCUGCAUAUCCACCUUCUGCUUCCUGCGGGGCCUGCAGACAGACCGCAACACCAUCCACAAGAACCUGUGCAUCAACCUGUUCCUGGCCGAGCUGCUCUUCCUGGUCGGGAUAGACAAGACUCAGUAUGAGAUCGCCUGCCCCAUCUUCGCCGGCCUGCUGCACUACUUCUUCCUGGCCGCCUUCUCCUGGCUGUGCCUGGAGGGCGUGCACCUCUACCUGCUGCUGGUGGAGGUGUUUGAGAGCGAGUAUUCCCGCACCAAGUACUACUACCUGGGGGGCUACUGCUUCCCAGCCCUGGUGGUGGGCAUCGCCGCGGCCAUUGACUACCGCAGCUAUGGCACCGAGAAGGCCUGCUGGCUGCGAGUGGACAAUUAUUUCAUCUGGAGCUUCAUUGGACCCGUCUCCUUUGUCAUCGUGGUGAACCUGGUGUUCCUCAUGGUGACCCUGCACAAGAUGAUUCGAAGCUCAUCUGUGCUCAAGCCUGACUCCAGUCGCCUGGACAACAUUAAAUCCUGGGCCCUGGGGGCCAUUGCGCUGCUCUUCCUGUUGGGUCUUACCUGGGCUUUUGGCCUCCUCUUCAUCAACAAGGAGUCAGUGGUCAUGGCCUAUCUCUUUACUACCUUCAACGCCUUCCAGGGGGUCUUCAUCUUCGUCUUUCACUGCGCCUUACAGAAAAAGGUGCACAAGGAGUACAGCAAGUGCCUGCGUCACUCCUACUGCUGCAUCCGUUCCCCACCAGGGGGUACUCACGGCUCCCUUAAGACCUCAGCCAUGCGAAGCAACACCCGCUACUACACAGGGACCCAGAGCCGAAUUCGGAGGAUGUGGAAUGACACCGUGAGAAAACAGACGGAGUCCUCCUUCAUGGCAGGCGACAUCAAUAGCACCCCCACCCUCAACCGAGGUACCAUGGGGAACCACCUACUGACCAACCCUGUGCUGCAGCCACGUGGGGGCACCAGCCCCUACAACACCCUCAUCGCCGAGUCAGUGGGCUUCAAUCCCUCGUCGCCCCCUGUCUUCAACUCCCCAGGGAGCUACCGGGAACCUAAGCACCCCCUGGGAGGCCGGGAAGCCUGCGGCAUGGACACCCUGCCCCUUAAUGGCAAUUUCAACAACAGUUACUCCUUGCGAAGUGGGGAUUUCCCUCCAGGGGACGGGGGCCCAGAGCCACCCCGAGGCCGGAACCUGGCCGAUGCUGCCGCCUUUGAGAAGAUGAUCAUCUCGGAGCUGGUGCACAACAACCUGCGAGGCAGCAGCAGCGGGGCCAAGGGCCCUCCGCCCCCCGAGCCCCCUGUGCCACCUGUACCAGGGGGUGGUGGCGAGGAGGAGGCCGGUGGGCCCGGGGGUGCUGACCGGGCGGAGAUCGAACUUCUCUAUAAGGCCCUUGAGGAGCCACUGCUGCUGCCCCGGGCCCAGUCGGUGCUGUACCAGAGUGACCUGGAUGAGUCAGAGAGCUGCACAGCGGAGGAUGGCGCCACCAGCCGGCCCCUCUCCUCCCCUCCGGGCCGGGACUCCCUCUAUGCCAGCGGGGCCAACCUGCGGGACUCGCCCUCCUACCCGGACAGCAGCCCCGAGGGGCCCAGUGAGGCCCUGCCCCCACCCCCACCCGCACCUCCUGGCCCCCCUGAAAUCUACUACACCUCGCGCCCACCGGCCCUGGUGGCCCGGAACCCCCUGCAGGGCUACUACCAGGUGCGGAGGCCUAGCCACGAGGGCUACCUGGCAGCCCCAGGCCUCGAGGGGCCAGGGCCUGAUGGGGAUGGGCAGAUGCAGCUGGUCACUAGUCUCUGAGGGGACCUCAUGGACCAGGGGCUGGUGGCCCAGGCCAGGGAAGGAACCUGGGCGGGGCUCUGGUGGGAGAGGGAGAUUGAUGGAGGCAGUGGCUGGUGGGCCACUCUCUCCACACACCCCUCGGCCAUGGGCCCCACAGUCCCCUCAGUGGGCUCUGAUGUGGAGGCCCAAGGUGCCAGGGUUACAGACAGGGUUUCCCACCAGCCACGCGCACCAGCUCUAUUUGGGGGAAGUGCAGUGAGGAGGAGCCCAGAGUCCCCCAGGGAGUGAGGAGGGAGAUUAGCAGGGUGCAGCCCACUUCUGACUCCUCCCUUCCCCCUACCCCUCCUGUCCCUGGAGGGAGUGAGGUUGGUUUCCUUGGGUGGAGGGCAGCUUCUGAGGUUGCCAGAAGCCCCACUGGGUCCAGCCUGCCAGCUGCUCUUCUCUGGCUGCACCAGAAGGGAGCAGAGGGGCAGAAGGACAGACAGGCUCCUCCUGCACGGUGGUUCCCUGCUCCCUGGAUGUGGGCCUCUGGCCCAGGGGAGAACCCCGGCCGAGGAGACGGGCAGUGGCCGCUGGUGGUUUAAAGGUUGAACUUUCUCCGAAGCUCCUUUCCCCUUGCUGUUUGUCCCCACCUCCCAGCAAGCCUGCCCCCUCAGCCCUCCAAGAGUGCACCCAAUGACCCCCUCCCUUGGGGUGACUCCUGAUGAAGCACAACUCCCCGCAGGGCCCCUAGCCCACAGGGGUGGCCAUAUUUGGGCAGUUCCCAGUCCUGUGGGCUCAGCUAUCUGGGGAGCAGAUUUUGGGUCUGGAUCUCCCUGGGGAGUGGGUCCUGGGCUUGGAUCUUUCCCUAGGGGGCCCUCUUACCCGUUCCUCUCCUCCUCCUCCUCCUCCCCCAUUGCUGUAAAUAUUUCAACGAAAUGGAAAAGAAAAAAAAGACAAAAAAAAAAAACCACAAAAAACAAAAACAGAAAGAAAGAAAAUCUCAUCACUUGAAGCCACCGGGCACCUGCGGCCCAGGCCAGCCCGGACUUUCUCCGGAGCAGAGCAGCACCGCGGCCCGGCAGCCAGGACUUCUCCGUGUAUGUGCAUCCCAGCCGGGUGGGCGGGCCGCCAGAGCAGCUUUUUACAAUCCAGAGACAGAAUUCUAACAAAAUCGAGAAGCAACAGCGAAACAAAGAACCCGUUUCCUUCCCGGCACCGUCCUGUCACCUCCUUUCCUGCUCUGUCUGCCCCUGGCAUCAGUCAGCCCUCCUGGGGCGUGUACCUCACUGCCUGCCCCAGGCCAGAGGCCUGUCUCCCCUCCCCUCCCCACUGGCCCGGGGGAGACACCCUCACACCCAAAGAUGCUUUUGCCAAGAUGGCUGCGCUACCCCUUUGAGUUCCUGCUUCGUGUAUAUUGCUUCUGGGACUCAGGCAGGCAGGGAAGAGGAGGCUGACUCACCAUCUGGAGAGGUGGAUGCGGGAAGAGCCCGGGGAGUAGAGGACAGGGUUUGAUGGCGGAGGUGUGGCUGAGGAGGGAGGGUUGGUGUGAGGUGGUUUUCUCUCCGGGGGAGGAGGGGACAGGUGAGCCAUCACGUUCCCUUCCCCCUGCAGGGGAGGCAAACCAGGGACCAAGCCUGGGGUCAGGACGCUCCUGUCCUGAGACCUCCACUGCACACUCCUAGCACCCGGAUGCUCCGGGCUUGGGAUGCGUCCUGAGUACCUGCCCCGUCCUCUCCAGCCCGUCAGCCUGGCCUCCCCAGACCCCUGCCCCAACUCUUUGUGGGUAGCGCAGCCCCAUUGCCACACUAGCGCAGCCCCUCAUUGCCAUUUCCCCAGAGGUGGCCCCCACCUCUGCUCUGACCUCUCUUGCCCCUCCCUCUUUUCUCACAAGUGCCAUGAGUUUUCAAACAUCUUUGGGUCUCAGCCUGCUGCUGCCAUGAACUUCUUUGGGUUAAGGGGGAGGGGCUCUAGGAAGGAACUGGAGGGAAGGGGACAGGUACGUGGCUGGAGGGACCCUUUUUGCUGCUAGAAAGCCCCCUUCCCUCUCCUGGGGAGCUGGGGCUGGCUUGUCCCCAUCAAUUAGGGGAGAAGGGGUCAGACCAAAGAUGGUGGUUUGUCCCAUGUAGGGGAAGAGAUGAGGGGAGAAGGUGGGGUCGAGUUCCAUCUCUGGCUUUUUCCAGUAAAAGUCUUAACCCAUUUCACCAGAAGAGCAAGGGUGAGGGCUAGAUGGGGAUGGGGAUGGGGACGGAGAGGGAAGAUGGGGACAGCACUGUCAGGCAACUCCAGUAGGUGGGUGGAGGCUCCCUGGCCCUUGCUUGACUUCACUGGGCCUGGGGCUCACUCUGGAGGGCCGCUAGCGCCCAUGAAGGGCCGGCCUAGGGGAGACGGAGUUGGCCCAGACCAGGCCUGAGACUGCCUCCAUCCAACGCCAGUGAGAGGGCUGGGAGGCCGAGAGCACCCAGAGGGGCUGGGAAAGCAUAGGAGUCCUGCUCCUCUCCCCUGGCCAGCCCUCCCCAUCUCUCCAGACGACAAUCACAGGGAGAGAGGGUGAGCUGGGCCCUUGGUUCCCCAUCCCAGCUGGAAUCAGUCACCAAGGCCUCAGAGCUGUGUGGCAGGGCCCCCUGGUGGGGCUGGACACCACUGCAGUCCAGCGCAAAGCCACCCAGACAGCCUAGGUGUUCCCCCACCCCAACCAGACCUGGUGCCUUGAUGCCCCCACGGUAUAGAGAAGGGUCUUGGUCUCCUCUCCUCCCUUCCUUGAGCUCCUGAAUUCAUUUGCUCCUAAAUCUUAUCAAUUCUCUCUGGAUUUUCCUUUUGGGUUUCCGGCCCUCCCUCUCUCGUCUCUGCCUCUCUCCCGUGUCUCUCUCGCUGUCUCUGUGUUCCUCUUUCUACUCUCAUCCUCAACUUCUCUGUUCAUUCGGGCCUCCUACCCCUCCCACACCCCCAGUCCUUCCCUCUUUGGUCUCCUUUUCGAUAUGCCAAACCAAUUUUGGGUCGAGUGCAUUUAACGAGAACAAAACAAAAGGCUCAUAACAAGAACGUUUCAGAAAAAAACAAAAAGUUUAAAAAAAAUUGUUGAGUCAAAAAGUCAAACAAUAAAGAAAUUAAGAUUUCUUGGAA